AUGGAUGAGGACACGAUAGCACAGUUCGCAUCCAUCACAGGCUCUUCACCUGCUCUAGCUGCACAGUAUCUACGCCUCGCGGAUAAUAACACAGAACAAGCCAUCGAGCUUUUCUAUGCCAACGAGGGCGCUGAUUUGGAGCCUUCAUCACAGUCUCCGCACUCCUCGCAUCCCCCACCAAUCCCAGCACCAUCGACUCGACCCACAGGACAUAAGCGAGGUUACCAAGAUGAAGAAGGCGUCGUGCACUUGGACUCAGACCAAGAAGAUCUAGACUACUCUGAUGAUAAUGCCGCCGAGACCUCAGGGCAAAACCGGAGAGAACUCUCAACGGCGGGUAGAGCAACAUCCGCGCUGCAAACCUCAUCCAACGCAACUCCUCCAGCAGGCCAAGGAUCCAUGCCUGUUGAUGACGAUGAAGCUAUAGCUCGAAGGUUACAAGAAGAGUUCUACGGUGCAGCAGGUAGGAGUGGUGAAGUUGGUGCUGAGGUAUUGGAUGAGCACGGAUACAGAGCACCUAUAGGACGAACUACAGAGACUCUCGUUGGCCCGGGAUCCUUUGAUCCCACUGAUGACGACGAGAUGAGGGCGGCGGUCAUGGAGCAAAUGGCAGCCAGAAGACAGCCGCCAAGACAUCGAGAUCGUCAUGGUAUCUUCAACCAAGCCACUACACCCUCAAUAUGGAACAAUGCAGAUAGUCGCCCCGAUGCUCAUCGAGAUCAACUUGCUCGAGCAACGGCAGGAGCAUCAGAAGCAUCCUCCAAGUCAAAUCUACUUGCAGAAAUGUAUCGACCGCCUUUCGAGUUAAUGUCGAGGUUACCUUGGGACCAAGCUCGACAGCAGGGUAAGGAUGGUGAGAAAUGGAUCUUGGUCAACAUUCAAGACCCAUCCAUCUUCGAUUGCCAGGUGCUGAACCGGGACAUUUGGAAGAAUCCUGGAAUUAUAGACACGGUCAAGGAAAACUUCAUCUUUAUGCAGUACUCGAAGGAUGACCCUAAAGGCAACCAAUACGUGCAAUACUAUUUUCAAAAUAAGGAUAACCAAGAGGCAUACCCUCACAUUGCCAUAGUCGACCCAAGGACGGGCGAACAAGUCAAGGUCUGGUCAGGUUCACCCACGCCGAAAGCGAUGGAUUUUCUUAUGCAGCUACAUGAGUUCCUUGACAGGUACAGCCUGAAGGCGUCUGCGAAGAACCCAGUGGUGAGAAGAAAACCAGAAGCAAAGAAAGAGACACAAGUGGACAGGAUGACUGAGGAACAGAUGAUGGAAAUGGCGUUACAGGCUAGUCUUGCAGGGACCGAAGGGCGACGAGAUUCUGACCCUGACGAAUUGACACGCAGUGUUGGAAAUGUGGGGAAUGAGCCUGAAGGAAAGGGAAAGGAGCCAGAGGAUUCGGACUUGAUGGAUGUCUCAGAGCCCACACAUACGAACGGAUCAGCCUUAGCGGCUGCUUCCCUGUUUACCGCGAUUUCCUCGUCAAAACCUCACAAUGAACCACUUCCGGACGCGGCCAGUAUCACGAGAAUCCAAUUUCGUCAUCCAAACGGUCGAGUGGUUAGGAGGUUUGCGCUUACAGACCCCGUGAGGAGAAUAUUCGAGUGGCUGAAAGCUAGCCCGCUUGAAGGCAAAGAGGGUCUGGAGUUUGAGUUGAUCUUCAUGCAGAAGAACCUGGUGGAGAUGCUGGACGAUACCAUCGAGCAAGCGGGCUUGAAGAAUGGCACCGUGAUGAUUGAGUUCAUAGAAGGAUGA